CCCUCUAUGUCAUACCCUUCUGUAAUUUCCUCUGUAAACUAAAUCAGUUUGAAUCCCAAAAAAAGAUGGCUCUUCCCUCACUCCUUAAGCUCUUCCUUCUUCUCUCGUCCUUUUCUUUCCUUGCCUGUGCUAACUCUGUUCUUGCUGGUGAUCGGGAUUUUUCCAUCGUGGGCUAUUCGCCUGAUGAUCUAACGUCCAUCAAUAAACUCAUUGAUCUAUUUGAGUCCUGGAUGGCGAAACAUGGAAAAAGCUACGAGAACAUUGAAGAGAAGCUGCACAAAUUUGAAGUCUUCAAGGAUAACUUGAAGCACAUAGAUGAUACAAAUAAGAAAGUUAGCAGCUAUUGGCUUGGACUCAACGAAUUUGCAGACCUGAGCCACGAAGAGUUCAAGAAGAUGUAUCUUGGUUUGAAGGCCGAGUUGCCCAGGACAGAAUCCUCCAAAGACUUCAGCUAUAGAGAUGUUGUUGAUUUGCCCAAGUAUGUGGACUGGAGAAAAAGGGGUGCUGUUACUGAUGUCAAGAACCAAGGUGCAUGUGGUAGCUGUUGGGCAUUUUCCACGGUAGCUGCAGUUGAGGGCAUAAACCAGAUAGUGACAGGAAAUCUGACUUCCUUGUCGGAGCAAGAGCUCAUUGACUGUGACAAACCCUACAACAAUGGGUGCAAUGGCGGUCUUAUGGAUUACGCAUUUUCUUUCAUUGUCUCUAAUGGUGGACUUCACAAGGAAGAUGAUUACCCAUACCUCAUGGAGGAAGGCACAUGCGAGGAGAAAAAGGAAGAUUUGGAAGUAGUGACCAUUAGUGGUUACGAAGAUGUGCCUGAGAAUGAUGAGGGAAGCCUCUUAAAAGCACUUGCUCACCAACCUCUUAGCGUUGCUAUUGAGGCCUCUGGCAGAGAUUUCCAAUUUUACAGUGGGGGAGUUUUCGAUGGGCACUGUGGAACUGAGCUAGAUCAUGGAGUUGCAGCUGUGGGAUAUGGUACAUCCAAGGGAUUGGAUUACAUCAUUGUGAAGAACUCUUGGGGACCAAAAUGGGGAGAAAAGGGAUAUAUAAGGAUGAAGAGGAACACAGGGAAAUCUGCAGGGCUAUGUGGAAUCAACAAAAUGGCUUCUUAUCCUACCAAGAAGUGAUUUGGUUGAUGAAGCUAAGCGCCAUGGGUUGGUUAUGGCUAUUCACCUUUCAACAUUACCUACCUCUCUACCUGCGUUGUACUUUCUACUUUGACUUCUUGUGAACCUAUUGUGGAUUAACAUAGCUCUCAAGUGAUGUAAAAUCUCAUAUAUUACUAAUACUUUUCAAUAAAGGUUUAAACAAAAACGUCUAUACUA